CACAAAUCAAUCAACUAACACACCAAAUCGACAGUGGCAAUGGACGGUAGAAGAAGGAACACUUCCGCCACGAGUGAUGGAGGCAGCGGUGGAUCUAACUUCCAAAUGCCACUCCACUACCCGCGAUACACAAAGGAAGAAUACAAGGAACUACCCGAGUGGAUGCUUGACCGGUUACUAGUCCAAUACGGUCUCUCUGCUAGUGGCCACCGUGAUUUGGAGUCCAAAAGGGAAUUUGCAAUGGGGGCCUUUCUUUGGCCACCACAUCACUCGGCUGCACCGCCUACUAAUUAUCAUGAUCAACUUGCGGGACAACGUUAUCGACUCAACGGAAAGAUAGUUUCUAGCUCCCCAACUGCUUGGUCCUUCCUACGCAAGAAAAAAGUCUAAUUAAUGACUACUAGCAAUAGUUAAGAAUAAACAGAAGGGGGUAAUAAAGUAAAGUAGUUGCAUUUUAAUGAAAUAAAUAUACAAGUUAUCCUUUUUCCAUUUAUAUUUUUAAUGUCUUUUAAUAA